AUGAAGCUUUUGCAUUAUCUGAAGACAAUUGAAUUGGAGGCAAAUGAUUCAGUUUUCUUGGCUCCUGUAGGAACCAACACCACAGAUAAAAAUAGGAAUGAUAUUCUGCUGAUGGAGUUUGAGGAGAUAAAAAACAUAUUGAACUUAACGGCAAAGAGUUGGCACAGUAGGUGGAGGACGGGACGAACGACCUUCCCGCUCCCUGAGGUGAACGUCCGGCUCUCGGUUGGUGGGGGAGGGUUCGGCUAUCGAUUGAGCCGGGCUGCGUUCAGGUCGCGCUGCUCAAUUGAUACACGCGGCGCUCGAUUGUUGGCGCCUGGUUUCGGUGGCAGCGGCAGGAGGAGGAGUAGCGGCGGCGGCGGCGGCAGCAGCAGCAGCAACACCGACCGAAACAGACAGGAGUUAGGGGGAGAGAGAGAGCGGGCGGGCACGGCUGACAGCUUUGCGUUAUUCUUGGAAAAUUGUGCUCCAGCAGUGAAUUCAUUGAACCUCGGCAUUACCAGUCCACUUCUAUUAGGCUCAGCAAAUUUGCAGCUCGCCCAGAUAAAGGCCCAGCUGGCCCUUCAGCAGCUGAACUCUGUCGCCUCCACAACCGUUUCCAACACCGCUCUUGCAUCGUUGAAUCAAGCUCUAGUGAAGAUCAGCAUGUUCAAUGCCAGAGGGGCAUUUGGCCAGAGUCAAGGACCACCAAACCAGUUUGGCCAGAGUCAAGGACCACCAAACCAGUUUGGCCAGAGUCAAGGUCCACCAAACCAGUUUGGCCAGAGUCAAGGUCCACCAAACCAGUUUGGCCAGAGUCAUGGCCCACCAAACCAGUUUGGGCAAAGUCAUGGCCCACCAAACCAGUUUGGGCAAAGUCAUGGCCCACCAAACCAGUUUGGGCAGAGUCAGGGCCCACCUAACCAGUUUGGGCAAAACCAGGGCCCACUUAACCAGUUCGGGCAGAAUCAAGGCCCGCCUAACCAGUUUGGCCAGAAUCAAGGACCACCAAACCAGUUUGGCCAGAAUCAAGGACCAUCUAGCCAGUAUGGUAUGAAUAACCCAGGACCAUACAUGGGGGGAGGAGGAGGAGGAGGAGGCGGAGGAGGAGGAGGAGGAAGAGGAAUGGGAAUGGGACCUCAAGGAGCAUCACAAGGCAACUUUGGUGGAAUGAAUAUGGGAAUGAUGAAUCAACCUGGAAAUAAUGUAGGCUUAGGUCAGUGGUCCUCCUAUCAGAGUUCUUCAUCUGGAGGCUUUCGAUCUGGGUAUGGGAGCACUAGUACACCUGCAUCUCAAAGUGGAGACCAGAGAUCUGCAGUUCAACGUUUUCAUGACACAAUGAAGGCUUCUAAUAUAUUGGCCAACUUUGGCCUGUCAAAUGAAGAUCUGGAAGAGCUAAGUCGUUACCCAGAUGAGAAGCUUACGCCAGAAAAUAUGCCCUACAUUUUAAGAGAAAUAAGAAUGCGGAAAAUGAACAAGCAGCAACAAUCCAGUAGUUACGAUCAACCGUACAAGCUACAAGAUAAAGACUACAGAAGAGAAGUACAGAGCAGUGUCGUAGAUUAUGGGCAUGGGCAACAGUAUGAUUACCGAGAUAGGACCAUGGAGAACCAGAGUAUGCAUUACAGUCGUGAAGCGCUGAGAGAAGGAAACUGGAAUGAAGAUUAUAAAUGUCCACCCCAGAAUUAUCCAAUGGAACCGUCGCGAGAUGACAGUACUCAUGGAAUCAAGCGAACAGUUCUAGUGGUGAAGAAGGGAUUACCAAAGCCCAAGUUGAUGAAUGAUUACUAUGGUGUCCCUGCACUGAGGUUCCCCCACGUGUGCAGUUUGUGUAACAUAGAAUGUAGACAAAUGAGGGAUUGGGACCGGCACAACAAAACAUCUGUCCACAAGGACAGCUGCAGGCUUUUGCUCAAAGAGUAUCCUGAUUGGGACCCGGAUGCGAUUGCUGCAACUAAAGAUGAUGCCGCGAAGAAAGAAAAAGAAGCCACUGUUGCAGAACAGUCUUCAGCACCCUUCAGCUCAGCACGGAUGAGUCCAAAACAUCUAAGCCCCCGUCGCAUGAGCCCUCCCAGGUCCAGUCCUAGGCAUUUAAGCCCACGCAGGGGUAGCCCUAGGCAUACCAGCCCUCGCAGACCAAGCCCAAGACGAUCCAGUCCACAUCGUUCUAGAUCCAGUCCAAGGCGCACCAGCCCCAGGCGCUCCAGCCCACACAGAUCAAGACCUAGUCCAAAGCGGUCUAGCCCUCACAGGUCCAGACCUAGACGUUUGAGCCCACACAAAUCCAAACCAAGCCCAAAGCAUUUGAGUCCUCACCGGCCCAGUCCACGCAAGCCUAGUCCCAAGCGCAAACUACAGAAAGAAUUACCUGCAAAGAAUUCCAAACCGAAGCCUACUGCUGAUGAUUUGACAAAUCAAAAGCCUGCAAAUCAGAAGGUUAAAAAGCGACCGCAACCCACCAAGAAACCUGGUACUGAGGAUAAAAUCGCUCCAGGUGCUGCAGCUGCUGUCAAAGUGGAAAAACCUAUUCAGCAUGACGCAAAUGCACAACUGAUGCAGGAAAUGAAGAGGAGUGGGCGUGUGGUUCACAUCACUGACCUGCCACAUGAUGGUUAUACUGAGGAAGACAUCACAAAACUAACACAGCCAUUUGGAAAAGUUGCAGCCAUUAAGCUAGUACGAACCAAAAAUGAGGCUUUCCUGGAAAUGGCAUAUAAAGAGGCUGCAGUGGCACUUGUGGAGUUUUACAGCAUCACACCAGUAGAGAUCAAUCACCGACAGGUUACCAUGGUAUUACUGGGACGGAAAAAGGAAAUGCAUAAACAGCCGGAUCAGAAAGAGCAGCCACAGAGCCAAGUCUUCCCCCCUGUGCAGAAGGAAAUAAGUGCUCCAGUGACCAGUGGUAGCGCUCAAUGUGUUUCAGAAACUAACCCUCCUUCAGCUGAUGCAAAGAUUGCAGAGAGUGAAGAUACUCCAUUGGAGAAGGGCGAAUCUGAGAAUGUUGGCUUGAAUGCAAACGGUCGAGUUAUUCGAAUUAACAAUCUUCCAGCUAGAGGUUACAAAGAGGAUGACCUGAAAAGGCUGGCAAAGCCCUUUGGACAAGUGUUGAAUGUGGUUAUCACAUUUUCCAGAAAUCAGGCAUACCUGGAAAUGGCCUGUGCAAAAGCAGCAACAAAAAUGGUAGAGUUUUACAGCCUUUCUACAAUCAAGCUGAAAGGAAAUGCAAUUAGUAUGCAAGUGCUACAUCAGUACGUGGAUCUGAGUGAUAUGGAGGUUAUAUUUAAGGAUAUGAUUGAAGAAUCUGGGUUUAAACCAGAUUCUGGAUGUACUAUAUAUGACCAUUUCGUUCACAUCAGCAAUCUACCUGAAGAUGGUUAUACAGAAGUUGACAUUUUGUGCGUUGCUUUUCGAUUUGGAAGAGUAAAAGAUUCCAUGUUUCUGAAACCACACAAUAAGGUCAUUCUACAGCUAGAGAGUGGGAACGCAGCCACAUCCAUGUGCAAUUUUUUCAGAGAAAUUCCUCAUGACUUCCAUGGAAAAACUCUGGAAUUCUCUUUGUCUCCGAAGGCAGGAACACAAUUGUUGAAUGAAGAAAAGGCAGAAAAGGCAGUUGAGGGGAGUUGUAAUAACACCAAUGUGCCUGAACCAAUGGAGACAGAAACAUCUGGAUCUGCAGAAUCUAAAGAUAUUGAAAUGACUGAAAUUAAUCAUGAGAAAGCUGGGAAGACUCCAAGUGACCAAGCUACAUCAGAUUCAGUAAAUCUAACUCUGGGGGUGACACCUGCAGAGAUAACAACAAAUACAACAACAGAGACACCUGUACAGAACCUUGUCACUGCAACUGUCAGUGAAUCAGCUGCCGCUCUUAAACCUUCUGUGAUCACUGCGAAUGUGGCUAGUGCACCACUCACCACUAAAUCUCCAAACCCUGGUGCUACUGAGAUGCCUGCAGAUACACCUAUAAAGCCUGUGGCCUCGAAUUCAGCUGGUGCUAAACCACAUCUGGCCAGCAGAAAUGCACCAUCCAAACCUGCUACUCCCAGUGCAACUGCUAAACCACUUUGUAAACCUGCAGCUGCUAUAGGCACUACUACCAAGCCUGCAGUGUCUGCUGUGAAUGCACCUGCCAAGCCAGCACCUACUUCUGGUGCAAUCCCUUUGAAUGUGGCAACUAAGCCGGUCAUUUCCAGCUCGGUUACCAAACCGGACCAGACUGCAUCCAGUGUAGUGACCAAACCUUCUCAGGCCACAGACAGUGCGACUGCCAAGUCCACUGCAGUCGGGGUGAAUGCUGCCUCUAAACCUGCACCAACUCCCACCAGCAAACCAGGCCAAUCACCUGCGCAAGUAGUCUCUAAACCUAUGCCAGUUACCAGUAAUACCAUCCCUAAGCCCAUUGCUGCUAAUGCUUCUGCCAGUGUAGUAACAAAACCAGCAUCAACCCCUAGUGAUUUAGCAAGUAGCCCUAGCAACUUGAGUGGAACAACUCCAACCAUGGUACCCACUGCCAGUUCGCCAGGUAUACAGACAGCUGCAAACCCUCCUGCAGACAUGCCUGUUGGUGAGGCCACUGCUUCUCCAACGACCGAGAGACCUGUCACUCCAGCUGCCUCAUCACCACCCAAAACCUCAGCUUCUUCCCCCACUACUACCAAAACUGCACCCCCAAAGUCUGUAGUGGCAAAACCAGGAAGCAGAGAGAGCAGUGCCUCAAAAUUUAAUGGGAAGAAAGUUAUUCCUGCUAAAAAGGAGCAUUUGGCAAAGGAACCUAGCAAAUCCAGUACACCAGCUCGAGGUCGAAGUUCCUCCAGAGAUCGUUCCAACAGAGAGGGAAGUGGCAGGAGUACCUCAUUACAUCAGAGGGAGAAGGAAUCCAGGGCUGAUCGCAGACAUAUCUCUGUGCAUCCACGGGACAAGGAUCAUAAAUCAUCAUCUAGGAGCAAGGAAAAGGACAUCUUUCCCUUUAACCUGGAUGAAUUUGUAACUGUGGAUGAAGUGGGUGAAGAUGAAGUGGGUGAAGAGGAAGGCACUUCUGAGGAUCAGGUUCCUGAAGGUAAAUUUAAAACCAAUGCCCAACCUUCAGAAAAGGCUGAGACAGAGGCAGCAAUGGACAUCAAGGAACAAGAACCAACUCCAGCAAGUGAUACAUCGACAACGGUGAUGGAGACAACGGAUCUGAAAUCUAAACCUGCAAGCCAGCCUGAACUCCAAGCCAAGGCCCUUCCCCAAGUCAAGCCCGAGCCUCAGGUCAAGACUGCUGCCCAGGCCAAGGCUGAACCUCAGGCCAAGGCCCUUUCCCAAGCCAAGGCUGAGCCCCUAGCCAAGUCUGCUUCCCAAGCUGAACCUGAAAACCAGCUUCAGACUGAGACAACUGUAAAGGAGGAGCCUAUGGAGGCAGAAUCGGAGAAAGCUCCAGCACAACCAUCUGAUACCCCUGCAUCGGCACCCAGUAAAGUCCUUCCUCUAUCAGACUCCAAACUAGAAGCAGCUGGGACCAUUGCUGGCAAGAAGGAAGCAGCACCUUCAUCAGGUGGGGAUGGUGAACCUUCCUCCAAAACAGUGGGACAACCCAGCAGUCUAACCCCAACUCCUGCAUCAUCUGUUAGCUCUGGAGGAGACAGCACCAAGUCGACAAGGCUGGAGCAGCGAGCAGAUGCCAAGUUGAGAAGAGAGGCAACGUCUGAGCUGGAACCAGAAGCAAAGCGGACAAAGUUAGCUGGGCCCACCAUUACUGAAUUAAAAAUGCCACCCUAUAAACCCAACAACCCUAUUGGUGUUGAGUUCAUUGUUCCAAAGACCGGAUAUUUCUGUCAGAUUUGUUCUUUGUUCUACACGAAUGAAGACACGGCCAAGGUGACUCACUGUGGCACUGUGUUGCACUACAAGAAUAUGGAGAAAUAUGUGACACAGCGACAAGAAGAGCUCCGAAAGCAGCAGGAACGCAUGGCCAAGCAGGAGAAGUGACGUGAGCCAUACCCACCCAGCACUGACUUCAGUCAAAGUAUAUUUUGGGUCCAAGUGUUCCCUUUCUCUUAAUUUACUGGUUUAACUAGAUGGUUACAACAUUGUACAAAUGAUCUUUCCACGCUGUAACGAUUAUGGAAACUUGUUUUCAGGUUAGUAUUGUUGUCUUGUGUUUUUACAUAAAUUGUUGUAACAAUUGGCGAUUCUGUUAUAAAUCAAUUAAACACAAUUAUGUUCUA